CUUCCGGCUUCUGGGCUCCCUUCAGAGCCGGGGCGAUAGUGGUGUGCUGCGGCCGGUGGUUUCCCGCGGCCCGGCUACGAUAACGGCGCCCCCGUCCGUCCGUCCGUCCGUCCUUCCCUCCCGUGCGGCCCCAGCGAGGCGCCGCCGGCGGCUUCCCGUGUUCCCUUCCCCCGGUUACAGCGCGGGGCCGGGAGGCGUUGGUUCGAUUUGGUCACGGAGCGCUGCAAUAGCCACAUCGGGCGAGUUUAAGGCGAGGAGCUCGCUAGAGGGCACCAGGCACCGGUGGAAAUCUCGGUGAGACUUCAGGGCUGUUGAAACGUUACUGGAGGCUGGCAGUGGGGAGCACCCGUGCGAUUCCCGGUGAUACUGUGAGCACAUGAAUAGUGUGAGAGGACUCUUGGCUGCCUCUGUAAUUUCCAUCCAGAACUCCUGCUUCAUCUACCCUGCCUGCCAAAAAUGCUUUUCGAGGCUGAUUCUGGAUUCUAGGAGGUUUAACUGUCUAAAAUGUGGCUGCACAGGUGAAGCUAAAGAUGCAAGCUACAGAUAUAGAUUGUCCUUAAAGGUUGCUGACACUAAUGAUUUGUUUGAGAUUACGGUGUUUGGAAGUUGCUUGGAUCCAUUCUUUGGGGUCACCGCAGAAAAUCUGCAGAGGUGUAUUCAAGACUUCAGUCAGCUGUCAGGAGAAACAAACACAGAUGCAUCUCCAGGAGUGUUAGUUCAAGCAGUGGAAACCUGUUUCAUUGGAAAAAGAUUUAUAUUUGGAGUGAAGGGUUGUUCAAGGGAAGAUGGAGGGCAUUCUGCUGCCAGCAGCAUCUUGCAAAACUGUUCCAGAAUUAAUAGGAACAAAAACCUUACGGCUUGCCAGAUCUUCCUGCCAAACGCUGCUGUUACUGGCUUUACUGUUAUCAGCUACUGCCAUUGGCUCCUGCAGUCGGCAAAAUUCAAGAGCUGUAAUAACAGCUUAUACUUACCUGAUGCAUCUUCAGCUCCAAUAGAUGAACCUGUCAGUGAGCUCAGCAGCUUGUCUAGCCUGAGCAGAAACUCCUGGUUUUUUCAGUCUAGUGGCAGAGAAAGUUUUUUAGGGUCCUGGCAGCAGUCCUUCAGCCUGACUUCAUCUGUUGCUUGGGUAACAGCGGAAGACUUUCCCACUCUGGAAGCAGGAAAGCUGGUGAGUGAACAGCAUGAACAAGAGGGGAGGCCUGUCUCAGCAGAAUCAUGUAGUGUAAGCCUCAACAAUGAAACUCUUUGGGAUUCACAGUUUUGCAGCUCUUCUGUGAAGGGAGGGAAUAAGGAGGAGGAUAAUGAAUUUUGUUCACAGCCUAGUCAGACUAACAGUAUUGCUGUAACUGAUAAAUUAGAGAGGGUAUCCUCUUCAAAGACUGAGUGUUUACAUGGAAACAGUUCCAAGUGGUUACAACAUCCCUUGGAAUUAGGGGCAAAAAGCAUUUACCCAAAGACUAAUAGUAGAAAUUAUUCUUACCCAGAAAAAUCCCACAGCUCCCUUUUUUACAAGAGAGAUGCUUCAGCAUCUAAUCCCAUAAGUGUAGCUGUAGUGUCUCAGAUAGACUCUAUGCUUUGGGAUGAACUUCCAUUCUCAGAAAGCCUAAAUGAAUUUUUAGCCAGAUUAGAAGAUGGCAAGAGUGCUGUAACGUCAUUCAGCCUUGAUGCAGACAAACAGGCUCUUCCUAAAAGUAGCAGCUUGGGUGUAAAUCUUAACAAAUCAUAUCCCAGGCAAACCCUAGUAGUCAGUGAUUUGCCUGAAGGGAAAGUCUCAGGGAGGCUCAUUCCACCAGUGGAGAAUGAUAGUUGGGAGAACGCAUUGUUUGCUUAUCUUCAGUCAAAUGCAAAUCUGAGUGAUGAGGUGUCACUUGAAGAUAAAACACUAGAGGAAUAUACUGCUGAACAUGGAGAAACCUCCUGUUUAAAAAAGAGCAAGGCAGCUACCUGUGUGCAUUGUGCACAUGAUAGUUGUUUACCUGGUUGUGAAAAUAAAGAAAAUUCUUCUUCUACACCAAGCCAAAGAACAGAUCUUAUAUUCACAGGGGCAUGGGACUCUGAUCCAACAACUCCCAACAAUACAAGAAUAUAUAAAAGAGAAUUAAAACCAUUGACCGAGCUGUCAGAAAAUACCUUAAAAAGUGUUAAUGGGAGAGAGAUGAUGUGGAACGGUAUCUUCCCUGAAGGCAGUUACAAUGCUUCUGCUGAUCUCUUUGAUGAAAGUGCAAGAGCAGUAGCAAAAUCUGUAGAAUUCUUAAAUAAAUCGUGUCAUUCUUUAAUACAGGAAGAUACUUUGACAGAAGAGGUUACAGCUCCUGAUUUGGUGCUUUGUCCUGGGGAUGUUCCCAGUAAUGGUUCAAAACCCAGCUCAUCCCUGCAUAGGUCACCUCCUGCUUGUAGUAAGCACAGUACACCAAUAAUGUUCUCCUUUUCCGAUUCAGAAUGCAAUUCAGUUAGUGCUCAAGACUUUGUUCCUUAUUCACAGUCGACUCCUAUGGCAAAACCUCUCCAGAAACUGUGGUUUGUUGGGGAAAGAAGCCCUUUUGUCACUAUCUUCACCCCUAAAAAUCACGCUAAAAUCCAUUCCAAAUGCAAGCGAUCUAGAUCUUCCUUUCAAAACACUCUGCUGCAGCAGCUUACUGGCAGGUUAGUGAAACGUGAAAGGACAAGUAACCAAGAAGACAAAGUAAGCAAUAGCUCUGUUUCACAGCAGUUCAUUAACAGACAACCACCUGCCAGUUUUGAGGAGUGGAUCCUUCCAUCUGCAAACAAAAGGUUGAAACCAACUCCAUCUUUAAAAUCGGUUAUCUGGGCUACUGACUUGCAGUUGACUCGUGGGCACACUGAGAGGAACCCGGUUUCUGAAAGUGAAGAGAACAGUGAGAAUAAUUUAUGCUUCCAAAAGGAGACAUUAAACCCUGGGGAUACAGCAAGGAUUCCAGCUACUCCUGUAUCUGCAGGUGUCACCAGGGCCUUGUUUUUAAACGAUACAGUCCUGGAAACACGUUCCCCUUCAGAAGGCAGGAAUCUCUUCUCAAGUGCACGUUAUUCAGGGGGUGUAUCAGAACAUGCAACUGGCUGGUCUCCUGAGUUGUUCUUCUAAGCACGGACCCCUUUUUCCAGUAAGCCAAAACACUAAAAAAAAAGCCAUUUCUAUGCUGUGUGGUUUUUUGUUUAUUUUUUUUGUUGUUUUUUUUGUUUGUUUGUUUGUUUUGUUUUGUUGUUUUUUUUUUUAAUUAGACUUUUGGGAAGGAACCAGUAGAAGAAAAGAGCUAUUUUAACAAUUAAAUUUUCUAUAUUAAUAUUGGCAUAUGCCCUCCUAUGAGAUGACUUAUGUUUAUUUGCACAUCUUUAUACCAGACAUAGGGGCGGAAACAGAAUUUGCAGUUACUAUAUUUUAUUGUAAAUGAACUUUAGAAUGUGCAAUAAAAGCUUUUGUAAAUCUCAGAA